AUGGCGGUAAAUCCCGAAUUGGCACCGUUUACGCUCUCGAGAGGCAUCCCCAGCUUGGAUGAUCAAGCAUUGAACACCAUCAUACAGCUUCAGGACUGCAUCCAGCAGGCCAUCCAGCAGCUGAACUACAGUACCGCGGAGUUUUUGGCCGAACUGCUCUACGCUGAGUGCUCCAUUCUCGAUAAGUCAAGUGUCUACUGGUCAGAGGCGGUUUAUCUGUAUGUGCUUUCACUAUUUUUGAACAAAAACUACCACACCGCCUUUCAAAUCUCCAAAGAAUUCAAGGAGUACCAUCUUGGUAUUGCUUACAUAUUCAGUCGUUGCGCAUUACAGCUUUCCCAGGGACUGAACGAAGCUAUACUCACGCUUUUGUCGAUAACAAAUGUAUUCUCUUCGAGCAGCAACAGUAAUAAUAAUAAUAAUAACAAUAACAAUAAUAUGCAUAUAAACUCUGUUCUGAACUCUAAUCUCGUCCAUAUCCCUGAUUUGGCCACUUUAGACUGCCUACUAGGUAAUCUUUAUAUGAAAUUAGAUCACCCCAAGGAAGGUGCGUUUUAUCAUUCCGAAGCAUUAGCCAUAAAUCCUUAUCUCUGGGAAUCCUACGAAGCGAUUUGUAAAAUGAGAGCUACUGUGGAUCUCAAAAGGGUUUUCUUCGACAUCACAAGACAAAAAGGCAGAAGUCAUAACAAUAAUGCAGCUUCGUCCUUUUCGUCAACAUCUCUGUCGCAUUUUGAGCCUCGUUCACAAGCAAGUCUAUAUUCAAAAACAAACAAAAAUAAUAACAGUAACAGGAAUAAUAUCAAUAUUAAUGUCAAUACACCAUUCCAGUCUUCGAACUCUCCACCUUCUACUUCAGCAUCUUCUUUUUCAUCAGUUCAGCAUUUUUCAAAGUCACAGCAACAGCAACAGCAACAGCAACAGCAACAGCAACAGCAACAGCAACAGCAGCAAACGAAUCCGUCAAUAAGACCGUACCAAAGCAAAAAUAUUCAGACUCCUAAAAACCCCACGAACAACAAUAAUUCAUCCGCUACCCUACCAAAUAACAUUUCCAUGAUUUUAGCAUCUCCCUCCUCCAAGCAACCCACAAUAAGCUCACUGGCUAAAGUUUACAACAGAAACAAACUCUUGACGACUCCCCCAUCAAAAUUGCUAAGUAACGACAGGAACCACCAAAAUAAUGUUAACAACCAAAACAUAAUGAAUAAAACAACUUUCAAAACGCCAAGAAAUCUAUAUUCUUCAACAGGUAGAUUAACCACUUCUAAGAAAAAUCCGAGAUCUUUGAUAAUUAGUAACUCGAUUUCAACUAAUGAUUAUUCGGUUACGCUACCAGAAAUCAUGUAUAACUUGGCUCUGAUAUUAAGGUCGUCAUCACAAUAUAAUUCGUUCAAAGCAAUUAGAUUAUUCGAAUCCCAAAUACCAUCUCACAUCAAAGACACAAUGCCAUGGUGUUUAGUGCAAUUGGGAAAGCUUCAUUUCGAGAUCAUUAACUAUGAUAUGUCUCUGAAAUAUUUCAAUAGAUUGAAAGACCUACAACCUGCAAGGGUGAAAGAUAUGGAAAUUUUUUCCACAUUAUUAUGGCAUUUGCAUGACAAAGUUAAAUCCUCGAAUUUAGCAAACGGUUUGAUGGAUAUAAUGCCUAAUAAACCUGAAACUUGGUGUUGUAUCGGUAAUUUACUAUCCUUACAGAAGGAUCAUGAUGCCGCGAUAAAGGCAUUCGAAAAGGCUACUCAAUUAGAUCCAAAUUUUGCAUAUGCAUACACUCUGCAAGGUCAUGAGCAUUCUUCCAAUGAUUCUUCGGAUUCCGCCAAGACGUGUUAUAGAAAGGCCCUAGCUUGUGAUUCCCAACAUUAUAACGCAUAUUACGGGCUGGGUACAAGUUCUAUGAAACUAGGUCAAUAUGAAGAAGCUCUGUUAUACUUUGAAAAGGCAAGAUCUAUCAAUCCCGUCAAUGUGGUGUUGAUCUGUUGUUGUGGUGGUUCUUUGGAAAAACUCGGUUAUAAGGAGAAGGCAUUGCAAUAUUACGAACUAGCCUGCCAUUUACAACCGACUUCCUCGUUAUCCAAAUACAAAAUGGGUCAGCUAUUAUAUUCCAUGACAAGAUACAAUGUUGCUUUGCAAACUUUUGAAGAAUUGGUGAAAUUGGUGCCUGAUGACGCCACCGCCCAUUAUUUAUUAGGUCAAACAUAUAGAAUAGUUGGCAGAAAGAAAGAUGCCAUAAAGGAGCUUACUGUCGCUAUGAAUCUAGAUCCAAAAGGUAAUCAAGUUGUUAUUGAUGAGUUACAAAAGUGUCACAUGCAAGAAUAA